GCUAAAGAGGAGUCCGCGUUUUAGACUGUGCCCGAUAUUAUUUUGUAUUCGCCAAGGGUUUUGUCCUUUUCUUCAAGAUCACUAGAAGCUUACAGCGGCGGCCUAUUCAAGAAAGAAAUUUGAUGAAUAAUAAUUAUUUCCUGAAGAUCGUUGUAUAGAACUAAAAAAAUUGUUUAUAUUGCUGCGGAAAGAAAACAUUUGUUUUCUACAAGUAAACUAUCUCUUAUGUUUGUAGUAUAUAAUGAAGCCAAAGUCCUCUGGAUUGCGUGCACGAAGAAGUUUAUCUUUUGAAGAGCGACCGUAUGCUGGAAAAACAUUUUACCUUGAUGUUAAAUCAGCCUCAGCGAAAUCAAAAAUAUCUCAACGUAUUCAAAAUCUAGGAGGACAAAUUGAAGAUUUUCUUUCAAAAGAUUUGACAUUAUUGAUAACUGAUAAAAGUUCAACAAAACAUUCUAAAGAUGAUUAUUCACAGAAACAGACAACCAAAAAUGUUCCGUUGAGUAGAGGACAAGCUUUAUUGCUCAAAGCAUCAGCGAAUCAUAAUUGUGAUGCCAACAAUAACAGCAAUGGAUUACUACAGAGUGCUGCCAAACUUGGUCUGCGGAUUGAAACACCAGUUGCAUUCCUGCGGGACAGCGCAAAACAUCUGCAGAAGCUCAAAGCAGAAACUAGUAGAAUGGAUACCUCCAUGAGUGGCAUGUCCCCAAUAACUUGGGAUUCUGAAAAAGAAAACGGUCCUGUAAUUAAAGUAGAAGAUGAAGAUGGUUUGUAUAGACCUCUUUUUUAAACAGUUUGAAACAUUUCCAAAGAUAUUUUUACAAUGAGACUGGAUCUCCAUUUGAUGCUGGUGUAGUAUUGACUAAACCAAAAGAAAGUAAUAACCAGUCAAAAAAGAAAUCGGCUGGAGG